AUGUCUUCCCCCAGACUCAUUCCCCUGGUGAAGGACUUUAAGCACCUUGUGAAUGACAUCAUCAACAAGAGUCAGGAUCCUCUAGAUGACUCUAAGACAGAAGUAGUUGUGCUGAGUGACCGCUCUCAGAUACUGUUCAAGGAGUCUCGUCAUCCUCAAAAUAUGCCACUCAUAUGCCAUUACUUCAGUGAUGCCAACUACUUCACCUCCCUCUCUUGGGUAUCAAACACCAUGAAAGAAAUACAGGCUGUAGUCUGGAUGAAGAACAAAGACGACGACAUGGUUGAGAAGCGGACGUUUACCAUGACAGAACGGUUGCCACCCAUCCAAGCCUUGGUCCACACAGGCUCCUUCCACGUCCUUGUGGCUUACUGUGGGGACAUGUGCCUGCGGCUCUUUGGGGACCACUUUCGGGCAUUCAAACCCCUGGGUGUGGUGCCCUGCCGCUUCAACAUCAGCUGCCUCUGCUACGACCCAGAAAUGAAGAUGCUGUUGUCAGGCAUCCUGGGAGCAGUGGUCACCUGGAACAUCGAGCGGAGUGGCAAGGGCCUCUAUGUGGCCCAUGUCAUUUCCAUGACUGGUGAUGAGCUCGUCCAGGACAUCGUGCUGAAUGGCCCCCAUGGCACCCUCCUAGCCCUGUGUGAGACAGUGGUGAGGGCCUUUGAUCGGCAAGGCCUGGGCCAGCUGGGAGAGGCAAUGAAGUUCAUUUCCAACAGCAGCGGCUUGUCUAUCACCUGCUGCUUCACCUGCGUUGAUCAAGGCCUCCUUUAUGCUGGAAACAAGGGCGGGGAGAUCCAGGUGUGGAACCUCAGCCGGGGUCGCUUCCUGCACAUUUUCAAGGCCCAUUCCUUGUCGGUGAUAUGCAUCUGCAGCCGGCCAGAGGCCCACACUCUGAUGACCGCUGGCAGCGAAGGCUUAAUCAAGGAGUGGAACCUCACCUCGGGGAGCCUGCUGCGGCGGCUAGAGCUCGGUGAGGACUUGUGCCGGCUGCAGUUCAUUGAUAACAUAACUUUCUUCUGCCAGACCACCCACAGUUUUUCCCUGCGCCGUCUCCCCAGCUUCUAUAAUCUCUUCAACGUCUGCGGCUCUGCUCCCCUGCAGCUACGCCGGGUUUGCUGCGGGGAGAACUGGCACCGGAUCCUGUGCACAACCGAGGAUGGCUUGUUGCGCUUCAUGAGCCCACAAACAGGGGAUCUCCUCCUCCUCACCUGGCCCUUCUCCAUCCUGGACAAGGCAGUGGACUGGGCCUAUGACUCGGACAGAGAGGAGCUCUUUGUGGCAAUGGGCAGCUCCGAGGUGCUCGUAUUUGAUACCACCCGCUGCCCUUGCCCAGCCAAGUACCUCUUAAGCACCUCACCAAAUUCUGGGGACCUAGUACAGUGCCUGGCCUAUGGCCAUUUCCACCUGGGCCGAGGUCUCGAAGGGCUGAUGUUCUCUGGGCACCAGAGUGGUGUGAUAAGGGUACUCUCCCAGCACAGCUGUGCCCGAAUCAAGAAAUUCGUGCACUUUGGGGCCAUCUUGGCCCUUUCAACUCUGUCGCAAGGGUUUUAUGGUGACCGAGAAAGCUCUUUGCUGUGCUCCUAUGGAAUGGAUGACUAUGUACACCUCUCGGAGGUUGUGCUCGAUGGGACCAGGGUACUCCUGCGGCCCCUCGCCAGCAUCCUGAGCAGCUGCCGCCUAAAAUACUUGAUACUCAUGCCCAAGUCUCUGGGUGCCAUCACGGAGACCAACUGCCUGCGCCUCUGGAAGUUCCGUGACGUCCUGUCCACCGAGUCAAAGAAAGGCUCUAUGUUCAUAGAGACCCUGCCCCUACACCAGUGUCCCAUCGCAUCCUUUGAUGUCUGCCUGUCCCUGAGCCUUUUUGUCACAGGUGGCAUUGAUGGCUCUGUCCGGCUCUGGGACUUUCACGGGCGACUCAUAGCCAUGCUGGACUCCUCGCUGCACUUUGGCCCACUCUGCUUUGCAAACGACCGGGGUGACCUGCUUAUGACUUUCAACCAGAGCCUCUAUCUGGUGUCCUGUCUAAAACUGCUUCCUCCGAACAUGCUGGUCCGCCUGGCCUUCAUGAGCCUCCCAGACGAAGUCGUGGAGAGCCCUAAGCCUUUCAUGCCGAGCUUCUUCUUCUCCUUUGAGACCAUGUUUGUGCCCAAGUAUGUCUACCUUGGGCAUGGGAAACAGGAGUUAGUGGGCUUGGCAUGUCUUAUCAACAAACGUGCCAUUGCCUUUGACCAGACUGUGCCGCAUGUCAUAGAAGAGGAAGAAGGAGGAAGCCCCGUAUUGCUGUCUACCCACAAACACGAUUCUGUGCCUCUUCAGGAACUUCGUUUAGUGCGGGUGAAGGGCCAACAACGCCAUGCCCAUUUCAUGGUCCCUCCGCAACUACAGCUGACUGGCUGGGAUGGGCUCAACCCCUACCGGAUAUUACACUACUACUUCGGGAGUGGGCGGAAAUGGCCCCUUGCCCCUGAUGGUUACAUCCCCAAUUCAGUGAUCCGGGCCCGCCUUUGGCCAGAGGGCAGCCCAAUAUAUCUACAGUGCAGCCUGCACCCACCCCAGCGGGACUUGGAAUGGGACAAGACUCAAUUCUUUUUCUGGUAUAAUAAGUCAAGAGCACUAAGUGAUGUGGAGGACCUUCCAAAAGAGAAAGAAGAUGAAGACUUCUUAGGAAUGAGGAUGUCCAAGGACAUAACCUACAAUGUGCUGAGAGACUCCGGAAACCGCAGUUGGCUGGGAAGAAAGAUGAGUGAGAUUGCUAUUAAUAGCCUGAUUGAGACGAUCCUCAAUAUUAUGAUCCACGCUAACCCACUGAAGUUCCAAUACUGUGUUGGGGCACUAGGUCAGAUCUUUGCCGCCUAUCAAGUCUCUCCCUCUUUGCGCUCUGAGACAGCCCACCGCCUUCUGGAUGACACAACCCAUUCCAAUCCACUGAUCCGGGAACUAGCCUGGGAAGGGCUGAAGCGCCUGGGCAUGGUGACCCAUCUCUUUGCCAUACCCCUGGCCCAAGGGUUGAUGGACAAGGACCAAUGGGUGAGGGAUAAGGCCCAGAACCUCAUGACUGACACUGGGAUUCACUCCAAGAGUUCACUCUUAAGCUUCAUCCAGAGCCGAGAUACUUUCCAGGAGAUGCAGCAUGAGGUCAUUGGAGAAGAAACCCUGGACCAUCUUCUGGGGCUGCGGGCAGCAGAUCUCCAAAUCCUUCAUACUCAAGUAGCGCAGCGGCUGAAUGAGAACUUAACCUUGUCACAGGAAAACGAAAUGCCUGCUUUUUCUUUGUAUGUCUCAAAGACGUCUUCCCUUCGGCCCUUUGAAGAUCUAUCCACUCCUGAGGCCACUGAAGUGGCCACGAAGGCCAGCAGAGGCCCCAAACGGAGCCGAGUAGGAGGCAAAAAGCAAACACGAAAGCUGUUGCGGAGCCUCAAGAAGAAAGAAGAGAGAAUUUCAAAACAGGCAACCUCAGUGUCAGCUUUGAAAGAAGGUGAAAGCGAACUGGGCGAAGCUGGUCCAACUGAGGCAGAGGAGACCACCAGCAAGCUUUCUUCCAUAAGUAUGAUCAAGGCUGCAAAAGAUGCCGAGCAAUCUGCAGAGAGAGAACCUUCCAAGGAUCACGUCGUGUUGACCCUAAAGAUGCUGAGGAAAAUACGUGAAAAAAAAGGCAAGAAAAGUACAGCUCGAAAACUCGCCAAGAAGUACAAGCCAAAGAAAAAGGAACUGGAAGUUGCCAUUGAGGAGCCUCUGCCUCCUGUGCAGGAAGAGAAGGUUGUGAGCAAGAUUAGGGCCCAUGGGCGAGGUGCCGCUGGACUCGCUGGCCACAAGGGCGCUACCGGAGAGAGCUUAUCAUGGAGGGAGGACCUAUGUCGUCUCGUGGCUCUAAGGAUAUCUGGUUCCGAAACAAAAAUGUCAGAAGCUCUAAGUGCGGAGGUAGCAGCCAUGGCUCAGGAGAUGCUGGCAGAUCGGCAACCCAGCUGGGAGCUCUUCCAGGAAAUCUUGAAGAAGAAAAGCCAGGACCUUGAAUCAGUUGAAGACUGGCCAGAAGACCUUGACUGGGAUGUAGUCUGGCCAGAGGAAAAACCAAUUUUCAUCCAUGAGGAAGCAAUCAGAGACUACAUCGUAGAAGAAGAGGUGUUAGAGGAGCAAGAUCAAGUGCAAGAGGACAGGGAAGAGUUGGAAGAAACACGGGUGGUUUCCCCCAAAGCCAAGAAGGGUAGAGUUCUAUUUUCAGAGCCCACUGAUCUAACAAAGGGAAAACGACUACCACGGAAAGAAGAGAAGAAAGCUCACAAGAAGUUGUCGAAGAAAGAGAAGAAAUUGACCAAGCAGGAACUAAAAUUGGUUAAAAAACAGAUGGAAAUGGCCAAAGAAGAGAGGGGCAUGAAGGAAGAAAUGAUAGAACUAGAGAGCCUAGAAGAGAAGCCAGUGAUAGACGAGAGGAGGCUGGCUUGGCAGGAGUGGAAGGACUCGUGGGACCAGUGGAAAAAGUUUCAAGAUGAGACAAAGAUAUCCUGGAACGAGUGGCGGAAAAACUGGGACAGCUGGUGUCAACAACAUGGACUGGAAGAGAAGAUCUUUGAAGAAGAGGCGACACUGGACGAGGACAAGAGUCAGCGAAAUUGGAACGAGUGGGGAGAGAUCGUGGAAAAGAUCUUAUUCGCCAGCCCCAGGGACCAACUUCCUGAGCAUCAGGAAGAGCCGGCCCCGGGAGAAAAAACACCUCAGGAGGGGGAAGCAGAGGUCCUCCCAGAAGAGCAGAGCCAUCUCCAACAAGAACAGAAACAGGCCUGGGCAGAGAAGAAGCGAGCCCACACUGAAAAAAAACGAGCCAGUGCCAAGAAGAAACUGGCCAGAGAAGAAGAGAAGCUGGCCCAAGAAGAGAGAAAACUGGCCCAAGAGGAAAUGAAACUGGCCCGAGAAUACCGGAAAAUGGCCGAGGAACAGGGUCCCAGGAGUCAGAUGGAGAAGGAAAUUGCGCAGGAGGAGGAACAUCUGGCCCAAAUAGAGGAGGCUCUAACCCAGGAAGCAGAGCAGUUGGCCCAGAAAAGGAAGAAAGCGGCCAAGAAAUUGGAGGCACUGGCCAGAGAAGAAGAGAAACUCACAACCAAAGUGGGGAAACUGGCUGAAAUCAAGACGCGACUGGCUCAGGAAGGGGAAAAACUGGCCUCAAAGAAGGACAAACUGACAGAGAAAGAAACUGAAUUGGCCUGCGAAUUGGAGGAGCUAGCUCAAGCAGACGAUCAACUGGCUGCGAAAGAAGAUGAACUGAAUGAGGCGGAGAAGAACCUGGCGAAGGAUCAGGAGGAGCUGGUUGAGGAGGAGAAGAGGCUGGUCUGGCAGGACGAAGAACUGGAGGAGGAGGAGAGAAGGCUGGCCGAAGAGGAAGAGCUGCUGGCUCAGGAAGAGAGGAUGCUGGCUCAGGACGCAGCCAAGCCCCCCGAGGAAAGGAAGAGACUGUACGAGAGAAGUAAGAAACUGACUAAGGCAAGGGAGAAACUGAUUGGGGAAAAGGAGAAUUUGCUCCGGGACCAGGAGAGACUCCUGCAGAACAAGACAAUCCUAGCCCAGAAAGAGACAGCCCUGGCUCAAGAAAAGGAGCGGUUGGCCCAGGCGAAGACCAACUUGGCUCAGAAGAUAGAGGGCCUCCUUGAGAACCAAGAAAAAGCCAGGCAGCGCAAAGAAGGAUUGGUGGACUUGAUGGAGAACGUGGACAAGUACAAGGAGAAAACAAGUCAGAUGGAGGAGAUGCUGGCUCAGCAAAAGGAGGCAGUUGCCCGGAAGAAGGAGACAGUAACUCAACUAGAGGAGAAACUGACCCAAGCAGAGGAAAAGCUGGCAGAGGAACAAGAGAAACAUGCCCAGGAAAAAAUGAAACUAACUAUGAAGAGGAGGGCCCUGUUUCAAAAGAAGAAACCAUCCAAAGAUGAGCAGACUCUUGCGAAGGAGGAGAUGGCAUUGAACACGAAACUCGUGAGCGUGGCCAAAGACAAGAAAGUAGUUGAAGAAAAGGAAACGCUCUUCCAGAGCGAGCCUCCAGGAACCCCCAAAUACACCCAAGCGUUUGAUAAGCUGUCUGCUAAACUAGAGGACAUUAAGAAGAAGCUGUCUCUAGAGGAAAGGAUACUGAUGGUGGAAGAGAGGGUAUUGGCCACGGAGGACAAGGACAUUGCCAAAAGAGAACUGGAACUUGCUGGAGGGGAGAGAAUCUACGCCCAGGAAGAAAGGAAGUUAGCCAGAGCAGUCAGGAAACUGAUUAAGGAGAAGAAGGGCAUUCCCAAGGGCAGGAGACUCUUAAAGGCACUGCAAGAUCUAAUCAAGGAAGAAACAAAAGUAACCCAGGAAGAAAUCAAGCUGACCAAGAUGAAGAGGGCCCUUGUUGUGAAGGAGAGGAUGUUAAGCAACGAACAGACUAAACUUGAGGGCAAAGAGUGGGAUUUUUCUGAGGAACAGUCAGAAAUAACCAAACGCGAGCAAAGACUGGCUCAGAAGCAGAGAAAACUAGCCAAGAAAGUGAGGAAAUUGUUAAAGGAAGAGGAACGCAUGACUGAGAAAGAAAACCGACUGUCCAAGGCAGAGAAAGAAGUCCCCUAUGAAGAGGAGGAAGCAGCCGAGGAAGAGGAGGAAGCAGCCGAGGAAGAGGAGGAGCUCUCAUUCUUUAAAGCGCGGUGGAGGAUGAGACGGCAGUCAAAGGGAGUCGAGUCACAGGAAGGGCUACCCGUUCAAGGGGAGGAGGUGGAAAUGGAAGAGCUAUUUCCUAGAGAAAUGGAAAGCCUGUUAGAUGACGUUGACCAUGAGAGUUUGUCUGAGGAGGAAGAGGGGGAGGAAGAGGAAGAGGAGAGGAAGGAAGAGAAAGAGGCAGAAGAGGAGGAGGAGGAGAAAAAGGAAGAAGAAGGCACCAGUGAUAAGGAGGUGGAAAGCUUAAGUUCAGAGGAGGAAGAGGAGAGUUCGAGUGAGGAAGAGGAGGAGGAAAAGAAGAGCAUCUCAUCUGAAGAAGAACUUGUCAAGGAAAAAGAGAUCUUUGCCAAGAAACUAUUUAUGCCACACAAAGACAGAAAAGACCAACACCUAAGAGGAAGGGAAAUAAUUCCUUUGAUCGUAAGAAGACCCCUUGAGGUCACGGGCAGUGCUAUCCAAGUGGGAGCCCCUACCCUAAGAAGAAGCCCUGAGCUCACCGGCAGUGCUACCCAAGUGGGAGCCCCUACCCUAAGAAGAAGCCCUGAGCUCACCGGCAGUGCUACCCAAGUGGGAGCCCCUACCUUAAGAAGAAGCCCUGAGCUCACCGGAAGUGCUACCCAAGUGGGAGUCCCUACCUUAAGAAGAAGCCCUGAGCUCACUGGAAGUGCUACCCAAGUGGGAGCCCCUACCCUAAGAAGAAGCCCUGAGCUCACCAGAAGUGCUACCCAAGUGGGAUUUCUAAUGCAAAGCCCCUCCAAGAUACUUAGCUCCAUCACUCUGGGGAGGGAGGAGAUAGAACCAGUGCCAGGGAUGCCGAAACACAUGCCCUGGAAGGAGUCACCCCGAAUAGUCUCUGAGAGGUUUCGGGACAAGCAGCAAGAACUGUUAGAGGAACCUGAGCCCCUAUCGCUACACGUUUGGGAUGACAUUUUGGAGUCCCAAGAACAAGUCCCCAAGACCCCAAGUACACGCCACAUAAUUGUGAAGGCCCUGGAGGCUCAGAAACACCAACCGAAGCCACCAGGUGCCAAGUGGAAGUGGUUUUUGCAACAGCAUGGACCUCUACCGGAGGAGACAGAUGUGCGCUUACCCGCCCCCCAAACCGUGGAGGAUUCAGAGGUGACUGUCUUAGAGGUGGACUGGCUCCACCGGGUUUUAGAACGGAUAGAAGCAGGCGAGCACCUUUCCAGGGGGAGUUUCCACCGGCUAGGCCAGGUCCUCAGAGACCUCACCUCAAAGGGGAAUUUUGAGUGGACGAAGCUGGCCAAACUCCAAACCAUUGUGUACCAGCACACACAGCUCUUAGAAGCCCAAGGCUCCGGCAGCCCCAAAGCCCAUGAGGACAUCGUGGGCAAAAAACAUCUGAAAGUGAUACCGCCUAUAAGAGGAAAGGUAGCAAAGGGCUGGCUUCAACCUGUGGCUGUUCCCACACCAGAGUCUCCAUUAGCUAGCCAGAGGAUCCCAGAGCCAACAACUAUGGCUUGGCAUUUUUUAGAAGGGCCCGGUAGAAGUAGGCAGGCACAACAGGUGUCCAGUGCUCUCAGGGAGAUGGAGUGGCAACAGUUUUAUCCUGCCUGGGCCCCUGUGGACAAACAAACCCAACCAUCGAUAUUUGGAAAGGAUUUCUGGACGUCAAAGGGUAAGAGCAGGUUUCCAAAAUUGCCCAAGUUGAAGAAGCCCAUCACUAAAAAAAGGGAAGAGGUACAGGUACCUAAAUGGGAGACAUUUGUGGCCCUGUACCACAUUUUGCGGAUGCUGCAGCAGCAAUAUGCAAAAGACAGCACCGCGUGGAUGGAGCAAUUCAACCAGCUCAUGGACCUGUACCAGCUGAAGUCCUCCCGGAUCCAGAAACUGCUACAGGACCUUCUGCUACGAGAGGAGUCCAGAGCUCAAGCAGUCAUCUACAAGGAGGCCCUAGCAUCAGCCGUGGAGCUAGUUCCGGGGGAGCGGUUGUUGUACUGUGUGUAUUGUGGGGGCUCUCACACUCCCAGAGGUCCUGUGCAGUUCCAGGAGGUGGUGCCAGUCCCUGGGCAGAACAACGUGCGCACCAUCCUUCCCACGGGCAUUGCCCAGUAUGGGCUCUUGGAGCUGGCCUGGAAGAGCCUACCUCAAGUGGAUAGUUACUUUGACAAGGAGUCGCCUCUUGUUGUGAUUCCCACCCUCUAA